CCCCGCGAGUAAACAUUGAGCGAGCGACUCCUCGACCCAAAGGAAGUUUUGGUCCUCUUUCUCCUGUUUUGACGACAUGAUUUCGUGUUUCAGGAUGGUCCACGAGGGCCAGAUAAGCCUCCAGAGCUUCCUUCUAGGCCUAGGGAUCCUGAGUUACUUCCUGGUCACGUGCGGGUUGUGGUCGCCGCGGCUCGGAGUGGCGGAGGAGUGGCUGCAGGACCAUCCCUGGGUCUACUGCAGCUGCUUCUUCGCUUCCGUCAACGCAGUCCUUGCCCUGGCAUUCAGGGGGAAGAGCUGGCAGAUAGCUGUACGAGGAUGUUUCCUGGGCACAGCCUGUGGGCUAGGGGUAAUGGUCAGCGUUCUCUGUAGUUCCUCAUACCAUGUGUUCGGUUGGUACAUGGUAGUGCUGACCCUCUUCCAUUACUCAGAAUACAUCACCACGGCCAUUGGCAAUCCUGCAACACUCAGCCUUGAUUCCUACCUGUUGAACCACAGUGUUGCCUAUGGCCUUGCAGCUGUGGCAAGUUGGGUGGAGUUCUUCAUCGAGAGGCACUUUCUGCCUGAAAUGAAGACCCUGUGGUACCUCAGUACCUUUGGCAUCCUGGUCUGCCUAUGGGGAGAGAUCAUUAGGAAGGCAGCCAUGCUCACUGCUAAGACUAACUUCAACCACAUUGUGCAGACAGAGAGGCAGAAGGACCAUGAGUUGGUGACCUGGGGUGCCUACAGUAUGUUUCGUCACCCAAGUUACGUUGGCUGGUUCUGGUGGAGCAUCGGCACUCAGCUGAUCCUUGUCAACCCCAUAUGCACCAUAGCCUAUGCACUUGCCUCAUGGAGCUUCUUCUAUGAGAGAAUUUAUUUUGAAGAGUUAACGCUCCUCAAGUUCUUUGGGGAGAAGUACCUUGAUUACCAGAAGAAAGUAGGUACGGGCUUGCCUUUCAUUCGAGGAUAUCAGUAUGUGCGACGUGUUCGCCAAGAAAGCGAAUAAGGGUUUAAGUAGGUUUAUGCAGGCACAAGCAUUUUACCUUUUUUUUCAUAAUUCCCAUUUGAUUCUUUUCUUUUGCAAAGCAUCAGUUUCACUAGAAGAAGCUCUCAUUAUACUAACCUGAUUUAUUCAAGUUUGAUUUUUUCCUAUUAAGUUGAUUAGAGAAUGCUGGCAUUUUCUCUGAUAUUCAGUAUAUGGGUUUUCAAUAUGAUGUUGAUUAAUUAUUUUACUGUAAUUAAUUCCUCUUAUAUAAAUAAUUCUCUUCUUAGGCAGCAAACUCUCUUUCCCUGAGAUGUGCAUUCACAGGGUAUGUAAUUUUUAUAUGUAAACGUUAUAACUUUAAAA